AAACGCACCCAGUCGUAGGGUCACAUGGUUGGUCAUGAGGAAGCAAACAAUGAAGGGGAAAAAACUCAGAGACGUCCAUCCAUAUUUAUCCGAACAGCUUUUCCUCCAAGUUUUCAGAAAUUACCGAGUUUGCUGAUAGUAUAUUUGACACUUGACGCAUGUAAAGGCUUGGCUCCUCUUCAUCUCCUCCAGCCACGAUGGUGGACUUCUUGGCGGAGAACAACCUGUGCGGUCAGGCCAUCCUCAGGAUAGUUUCCAGGGGAAAUGCUAUAAUUGCUGAACUUCUGCGCCUCUCUGACUUCAUCCCUGCAGUCUUCAGACUGAAGGACAAGAGUGAUCAGCAGAAAUAUGGAGACAUUAUCUGUGACUUUAGCUACUUCAAGGGCCCGGAGUAUUAUGAGGGGAAGUUGGAGGCCAAACCUGACCUUCAGGACUUGGAUGAAGAGUUUAGAGAAAACAACAUCGAGAUUCUUUCAAGAUUCUAUCUAGCUUUUGAGAGUGUCCACAAAUACAUAGUGGAUCUAAAUAGAUAUUUGGAUGACCUACAUGAGGGUGUUUAUAUUCAGCAGACCCUUGAGACUGUGCUUCUAAAUGAGGAUGGAAAACAGCUACUGUGUGAGGCGCUCUACCUGUAUGGUGUUAUGUUGCUUGUUAUCGACCAAAAAAUUGAAGGGGAUGUCCGAGAAAGGAUGCUUGUUUCCUACUACAGAUACAGUGCCGCAAGGUCUUCAGCUGACUCCAAUAUGGACGACAUCUGCAAACUGCUGCGCAGCACUGGCUUCUCCAGCCAGCCUGGAGCCCGACGGCCUGCCAACUACCCAGAGAGCUACUUUCACAGAGUUCCCAUUAGUGCCACAUUCAUUAGUAUGGUCAUUGGGAGACUGCGCUCUGAUGACAUCUACAACCAAGUGUCUGCUUACCCUCUACCAGAACAUCGUAGUACAGCUCUGGCUAAUCAGGCAGCCAUGCUGUAUGUCUGCCUUUUCUUCAGCCCGUCCAUACUGCAAACCCAGCAGGCCAAGAUGAGAGAGAUCGUGGACAAGUACUUUCCUGACAACUGGGUUAUCAGCAUCUACAUGGGGAUCACAGUGAAUCUGGUGGAGGCCUGGGACCCAUACAAAGCUGCUAAAACUGCACUCAACUACACUCUAGAUUCUGCUAACGUCAAAGAGCAGGCGACCCGUUAUGCCAUUAGCAUGGAGACCCUUCGGCCUCAGGUGCAGCAGCUGUUAAAGGAAGGUUUCCUCAGAGAAGAGAUCAUUCUGGACAACAUUCCAAAAUUGCUUAACUGUCUGAGGGACUGCAAUGUUGCCAUUCGCUGGCUGAUGUUGCAUUCUGCCGAGUCGGCCUAUGACCCAAACAAUAAGAAAUUACGGCAGAUCAAAGACCAAGUGCUUAAUGACUCCAAGUACAACCCCAAGAUCCUCUUUCAGCUCUUACUCGAUGCAGCCCAGCUAGAAUUUACCCUCAAGGAGAUGUUCAAGCAGAUGCUGUCAGAGAAACAGAUCAAAUGGGAGAGCUACAAGAAGGAGGGCUCAGAGAGAAUGACCGAACUGGCCGAAGUCUUCUCUGGUGUGAAACCCCUCACAAGGGUGGAAAAGAACGAAAACCUACAAGCUUGGUUCAGAGAAAUCUCAAAACAGAUAGAAUCUUUGAACUAUGAGGACUCUACAGCUGCUGGUAGGAAGACGGUCCAACUCAUACAGGCUCUUGUCGAGGUUCAGGAGUUCCACCAGUUGGAGUCAAACCUGCAGGUCUGUCAGUUUCUGGCAGACACAAGAAAGUUCCUGCACCAAAUGAUUCGCACCAUCAACAUCAAGGAAGAGGUCCUCAUCACAAUGCAGAUCGUAGGAGACUUGUCAUAUGCUUGGCAGAUAAUUGACAGCUUCACAUCCAUUAUGCAGGAGAGCAUCCGUGUCAGUUCAUCCAUGGUCACAAAACUGCGGGCUACCUUUCUGAAGCUGGCCUCUGCUUUGGAUCUUCCAUUGCUGCGCAUCAACCAAGUCAACAGCGCUGACCUGCUGAGUGUUUCACAGUUCUACUCAGGGGAAUUGGUGGCCUAUGUCAGAAAGGUACUGCAGAUCAUCCCAGAGAGCAUGUUCACCUCUCUGGCCAAGAUCAUUAAGCUUCAGAUCCAUGACAUCAUCGAGGUGCCCACGCGGCUGGAUAAGGACAAGUUGAAGGACUACUCGCAGCUCGGGGCACGCUAUGAAGUGGCGAAGCUCACCCAUGACAUCUCCAUUUUCACAGAGGGGAUCUUGAUGAUGAAGACCACUUUAGUUGGAAUCAUAAAGGUGGAUCCUAAGCAACUUCUGGAGGAUGGCAUCAGGAAGGAGCUGGUGAAGAGGGUCGCUUAUGCUCUCCACAAAGGAUUGAUUUUCAAUCCCAAGGCUAAGCCUAGUGAGUUGAUGCCCAAGUUAAAAGACAUGGCAGCCACCAUGGAUGGAUUCUACAGGUCAUUUGAAUACAUCCAGGACUAUGUCAGUAUAUAUGGCCUUAAAAUUUGGCAAGAGGAAGUAUCCCGAAUCAUCAAUUACAACGUGGAGCAAGAGUGCAAUAGUUUCCUAAGGGCUAAGAUCCAGGACUGGCAGAGUGUGUACCAGUCCACUCACAUCCCCAUCCCCAAGUUUUCACCUGUGGAUGAGUCUGCCACCUUCAUUGGGCGUCUCUGCAGAGAGAUUCUCCGGAUCACAGAUCCCAAGGUAACGUGCUACAUUGACCAAAUGAACACCUGGUAUGACCUAAAAAGCCACCAGGAAGUGACCAGCAACAGACUCUUCUCAGAAAUCCAGAGCUCUUUGGGUACAUUUGGCCUCAAUGGACUGGACCGCCUGCUGUGCUUCAUGAUUGUCAAGGAGCUACAGAAUUUCCUGACAAUGAUUCAGAAGACCAUUUUAAAGGAUAAAGGUGCCGUAGAGGUCUUUAAAGCCAUGCUAGGUGCUGUCAAUCCAGUUCAGGGCAUCAUGGGUAAUGCUAGCAAAGUGUAUGCCAGUGCUGUCGCCAAAACCCCUAAAAUCUGGGGACCAUAUUUGGAGGUCAUCAUGAAGGUUGGUCAAAUGCAAAUCCUUCGACAGCAGAUUGCUAAUGAGUUGAACUACUCCUGCAAGUUUGACUCCAAACACCUGGCAGCUGCCCUCGAAAAUAUUAACAAGUCGCUGCUCGCAGACAUUGAAGCGCACUACCAGGACCCGUCGCUGCCCUACCCGAAAGAGGACAACACUCUUCUGUAUGAAAUCACAGCCUAUUUGGAGGCUGCGGGUAUUCACAACCCACUGAAUAAGAUCUACAUCACCACAAAGCGCCUUCCUUUCUUUCCCAUCCUCAACUUCCUGUUCAUCAUAGCACAGCUGCCUAAGCUUCAAUAUAGCAGAAACCAAGGGAUGACAUGCAGGAAAUCCACCGACCCAGUUGACUGGACUCCCUUAGUGCUCGGCCUGCUCACACUUCUGAAGCAGUUUCACUCGAGAUACACGCAGCAGUUCUUGGCUCUCAUUGGUCAGUUUGUCCGCUCUAUCAUGGAACAGUGUACAAGUCAGAAGAUCCCCGACAUGCCCUCUGAUGUGGUGGGAGCACUCAUGUUCCUGGAAGAUUAUGUAAAAUAUACUAAAUUGUCACGCAAGGUGGCUGAAGCCCAUGUCCCCAGUUUCAUUUUUGAUGAAUUCAAAACUAUACUGUGAACACUUGUGGGAAGCACCCAGCCUGAAAAUACUUUUAUUGCCUUUUGGAUGCAUUUCAUUGUGUAGUUCAUUGUGUUUAAGCUCAUGUAACAUUGUAUUUUCUACAUAGAUAAGUGUCUGCCUCUCCAGCAGUGCAUAUCUUAUAAAAUUGCCUUAGAGUUCCGGAGAUUACCAUUGUCUAAUUCCACUCGUAAUCAUUUGUGAAACACAAGAGGAAAAGUUUCAGCUGAUACCGAAAAAAUAUAAUUUCCUGCUUUGUAAGGCUGAUACGGAUAUUGAUAACACACACAUGUGCGAUAUAUAAUAAUAAUAAUAAUAAUGCUCUUACGACGCGUGGGCCCAGUCUCAUUCGGCUGGGUCGUCGCAGUGCGUAGAGCCGAUCAGCUUCACCAGGGUCCGCCAAUGACCACGGUCAUGGGCCAGGUCCGCUGCAUCCUCCAGGGUAAGGCCCUGGUGUUUGAGAUCUUCUCUGAUGACAUCAAGCCAUCUGGUGUGGGGUCUGCCGCGUGGCCUUUUCCGGCCGGCUGUCGCUGGAUCAAAUGAGAAGAUGGCACGAGUUGGGUGUUCCGGGGGUAAUCGGAGGAGAUGACCAAGCCAACGGAUGCGCCUCUGAGCGGCCAGUCGGGAUGCAGGGGGCUGAAGGGUAUGUUUUCGGAGGUCUGAGUUGGAAACAUGGAGGUGCCAGCUGAUGUUCAAGAUGGCUCUUAGUGACCUGCUGUCAAAGCCGUCGAUCCUCUUGGCCUGGGUCUUGUUUAAUGGCCAGGAUUCUGCACCAUACAGGAGGAUGGGAAGAACUGCUGCGUUAUAAAUGGUGGCGCCAGAGGGGCCGCUACAGUGACUGCAUUGCUGCGGCCGCGAGGGCGCGUCUGCGGUCAAUCUCUGGCUUGAGAUCGCCACUGCUGGUAAUAGUGGAGCCCAGGUAGAUGAUGGAGUUGACAAAUUGCACUUCGUCUGUGCCAAAGAUCAGGGGGGAGGGGUUGGGUCCGUCACCGAUAUACAUACCGUAAGUUUGGUUUUCUGCCAGCUUACUUGGAGGCCCAGCUUUGCUGCUUCUGUUUGGUAUAUGGAGAGGGCACUGCUGAGGUGUUGGAGGGAGUUGCUGAACAGGGUGGUGUCAUCAGCGUAUUCAAGGUCGCUCAGGUGGAAGUUGCCGAGCGACACGCCUGAGACUUUCUCCCGGACUCGGAUCAUAAGGUGGUCAAUGACACAGUUAAAUAGAUCAGGAGCGGCCACGCAGCCCUGUCUGACCCCGCUGUUAAUGGGGAAUCACUCUGAGUCCUUCCCAUUCACACGAACACAGCUCUCUGAGUUGUUGUAGAGUCGCUGGAACAAUGUGGUUAUUUUGGGUGGCACUCCAAGGUAUUUCAGAAUGUUCCAAAGGGAGAGGUGGUCGACUGUAUCAAAGGCAGCUUUGAGAUCUAUGAAGGCUAUAAAAAGAUGUUGGUCCUUCCGAAACUCUCUAACCUUCUCAACAAUGAGUCUAACUGCUGAGAUGUGAUCUAUGGUGGACCGGUUGGGCAUGAAGCCAGCUUGUUGGGGGCAGCGAUGGCUUCGAAUGGCGGGAAGGGCGCGGGUGAGAAGGAUCCGGGUGAACAGUUUUGCGGGUAUGGAGAGCAGUGAGAUGCCUCUGUAGUUGUUGCAGAGUUGCUUGUCGCCUUUCCGCUUCCAAAAUGGCAGGAUGAUGCCUCGGGACCAGUCUGUGGGGGGCUGUUCUGCCACCCACACAUGGUUAAUGAUGUGGGUGAGCCACUGGGCCAUGGAGUCACCACCUUCUAUGAGCAGCUCUGUGGUGAUGGCACAGAUUCCAGGGGCCUUGUGAUUUUUUAGUGAUUUUAUUGCUGCUCUGACCUCGUCGAUUGUGACUGGGUCAGUUUUGCAGUUGGGGUUGGGGGUGGUAGAGUUGGCAGCAGUGACAAGACGGAGGUCGGUGGGAACUGGAGGGUGAUGAAGGAGGUCUCUGAAGUGCUCUUUCCAGAGUUCAAGGCAGUCUAUUUCAGUGGUGAUGCGAUUUCCACUGGCAUCCUUCAUGAGGGCGGUCUCGAUGUGCGGUCCGAUGCGGGCUUGGCGCAGCAUUUGAAAGACCUGUCUAACGUCGUUGCGCUGUGCUGCUGAUUCCAUGCGUUCGGCCUCUUCUCCCCAGUAUCUCUCCCUGUCAGUUGCAAUUGCCGCAUUCCGUGCUGCAUUGAGCCUCCGGUACUCUGUGAUAUCACUGCGCAGGCGAGCAGCACGGCGGCGGUCAAUGAUGUCGAGGGUCGGCUGUGACAUCCAUGGUUGUUUGGGAAGAGAUCUUGAUCUUCCCAAUACGUCCUGGGCAGACUGGUUGACCUUUAAUUUGAAAGUCUCCCAGUCUGCGAUGUCAUCAACGGCCAGAGCGGUGAAGGCGUUGGUGAUGGAGCGGCGAUAUGCGGAAGCAGUGGUGGGGUCGCAGAGUCUGGAAGACAUGAAGCGUGGCUGUGGCCUGAUAGAUGGGUCUGGUCGUAUUUUAAGUCUUAUAUAUACUGAUAUAUACUGUAUAUAUAUAUAUAUAUAUAUAUAUAUAUAUAUAUAUAUAUAUAUAUAUAGAGGUAGAGAGAGAGAGAGGUAGAGAGAGGUAGACGUAGAGAGAGAGAGAGAGAGAGAGAGGUAGAGAGAGAGAGAGAGAGGUAGAGAGAGAGAGAGAUUUUUUUUUUUUUGCAGGUUAAAAGAAUUAAAUGUUUCAAGUCCGCCUCUUAAUGUAGUGGGAUCAGAGGAUGAUAUAAAGAGUAGUUGUGACAACACACAGUCACAUAUUUUGCUGCUUUCUGAACUCUUUUCACUUCACAUGGUCAGGCGAUGUGCAAUUUCAAAAGCUCUGAUACGUAUAGUGCCUAAAUUGGCUGGCACCCGGUUCGGGGUGUCCCCCGCCUACUGCCCAAAAACAGCUGGGAUAGGUUCCAGCACCCCCCGCGACCCUUGCGAGGAUCAAGCGGUUCGGCGAAUGAAUGAAUACAUACAUACAUAAAACAAGUGAGUAAAAAUUUCACUCACCAUAACUUGCUUCAAUGAACCAUUGCUGUUUGUAUUCUAACAAGUGCAGUAGGACACAGCGCAGGGUCAUCCAUCCCUCCAUUGUCUGAAUCACUUUUCUUCACUGUCUGUUGCCUACCAGACCCGACAACAAUCCACAGAGAUUCUGCUGGUCGGCUCUCUUGUCCAGGAUAUUGAAAGUGUGGUGAAGGCUGGACGAGUUUUUUAUAUUAACGUGGCCAAAGCACUGACCCCACAUUUCCAGCUUGAGAGGUUGAGCUAUGUUUGCUCUUCCCUUAGAUGCCUGAAUCUGUGCUAUCUGGCUCUGUGUGGUGUGCAACACAGAAUCGAUAAUUUCCCCAUGACGGAUUUGCAUGAGUACUGUGCUCUGUCGGAUCCAUUAAAAAUGACACAGACACGAAAGACGAGUUGAGUCAACAGUAUACUCUCAACAACAAAAAGAAAAACAACAGUUAUUCACAGAAUGCCUGUAACACUCAGUUUUCAUUCUCAAGGUCAGUUCAGAAACAUGGAACAAUUUUUAACGAGUGACUUGGGAACAAAAUUGUCAUUAUAUGGCUUCUUUACUGUCAAAAUACCAGAUUUGGCACUAGUUGAAUAAAGUUCCUCCAUGAAAU